UUCGGACACACUCAAAGCACUAUCACGGCACAGCCAACACUUCACAGAAAAAGUUUUUAAACAUUUUAUUUUUUAAAGCAUUCUAUCAUGUGUAUUCUUCAUUUUUGCGAUCAUUCUUUGAAAGAGGAAGCAUUUUAUUGCAUUGCGUUACAAUUUACAAGGAAUAUAUUAACUACCUGAAAUCAUCUUAACUCUUUACCGCAGUACACUUUUUCAUACAACCACAAACAAAUAAGGAGGCGUGGCGUGUCUGCUAAAGGAGAAAGGGGGUGGGAUCAUGGUGGGAUGCAUGGAAUAUAGGGUUUAUUCACAUUUUUUGAUUGAUUUCUUAUUGAUAUACUUUGAUUCUGCCUAACAUACAAAGUGACACUAUUUUAUAAUAUUUCAUAAUCGUUUAUUAAAUCACAUUUUACAUAUUUUAAGGAUUUUUUGUGUACCAAAUUGUCAUUCUAACCCUCAUGUUUACUUGUUUUUAAUACUUUUUCAAUUUUAUUUGGUGGUGAGGAAGUGUUGAAUGCAUUUUAUUCAAUCAUAUGUGUCUUUUACUUUACUUAAAAAUUUUGAUCUUAUUGUCAGUGACGUGUUUAGUUGUUAAUUCAUGCACUGUGGUAGAUGGGUCUUGAUUGUAACUAGCAAAAAUGUUCCUCGAGUACUCAACUAUUGUGGCUCUUGCAACUGCAACAUUUAUAUUGUUUUUAAAAAACAGAAAUAAUGAUAAAAAAAUUCAAGAGCAUUGGAAUGAUAUUGAAAAAAUUGCUGUAUUUAAAAAGUUACAACAGAAAUACCUAUUUGUUUAUUUGCUUGCAACAUUUUCUGACUGGUUGCAAGGCCCUUAUGUAUAUCGUCUUUAUCAUGAGUAUAACUUUGAUGACUCUGUGAUAUCAAAGCUAUUUUUAGCCGGUUUCUUGUCUAGCUCUCUCUUUGGAUCUGUUGUUGGUCAUUUGGCAGAUCGGUACGGUCGAAAGAAAUUAUGUAUCCUGUUUUGUCUAUUGUAUGCUUUCUGCUGUUUUACAAAGGCAUUCCGGUCUAUUUGGAUUCUCCUAUUGAGUCGAUUUUUGAGUGGUAUAGCCACAUCAAUUUUAUUUUCUGCUUUCAAUGCUUGGUACAUCCACGAGCAUAUUCAACAUCUCCAGCUUCCUCCUGAAUGGAUGAAUGACACCUUUGCCAAAGCCACUUUUUACAAUGGUCUGUUGGCUGUUGUAGCUGGCUUUGUGUCUAGCAUUGCGGCAGACUUGUGUGGCUGGGGCCCUCUAGCUCCUUUCAUGAUUGCUAUUCCAAUUCUCCUCACUGCUUGCAUGGUGACCUCUGUGUGCUGGGAAGAAAACUGUGGACUGGACUCUACAAAAUCCUUUACAUUUAGACACACUACCUGUAAAUCAAUACAUUUAAUUUUUUCUCCAAAAGAAAAAACUUUGCUUCAUCUGGGGAUAAUCCAGAUGUUCUACGAAUCAGCAGUUUACACUUUUGUAAUUGCGUGGUCACCUAUCCUACUACCUCUGAAUUUUUCCUUAGGACUUGUAUUUGCUGCCUUCAUGUUGAGCAUUAUGCUAGGGUCAAUUAUUUACUCCUCAAUAAUGUCGAGUGAGCUAACAUCCCCAGAAAAUAUGUUAAGUUUAGCAAUGAAAAUGGCGACAGUCUCAAUGACAGUAGUUGCUAUCCUCACAGCUUUAGACACUUCACAAAUAAUGACACAAAUUUGUUACGUGGCAUUUCUAGUUUUUGAGGUAUCAGUGGGAAUGUAUUAUCCUGCUUGGGGUUACCUAGCCGGCCGUACUGUUCCGGAAGACAUACGAGCAAGUGUUGUGUCUUGGUUCAGGUUACCUAUGAAUAUCUUGACAUGCAUUUGCCUUCAGUGGACAUGGUUAAACAAGAAUAACACCAAGUCAAAUCUUACAGCAGCAUCAAUGUAUCAUUCAUCUUUUGUCAUGUGUGUAGGACUUCUUUUAAUUGCUUGUUGGUCUAGUCAGAGAUUUGUUACACAUUACUUACAAAAAUAUGGUGGCUCCUCAAAUGGAGUUGUUUAGAUUUAACAAUUCAUUACUGCAUUUAUUUACAACUGUUUUAAAAGACUGUUUUCUAUCUGUGAUAUUUGGUGUGUUUGGCAGGAAAAAUCUCAGCAACUGUAGUCUGUAUGAGAUGUAAGGGUAUGUUUGUCUGCAAGUAAAAGUUAUUAGCUGUUUAUAAAAUGUAAAGUUCCUCUAUCAGAAAGGAAUUCAGGGUUGAAUAAAAUCAAAUCAGUAAGAAGGGACAAA